GUCAGUUCUAGUAGAGGUUAGGUCUAUCACAUGUAGAGUUUGAAUUGAAAAAUGACGAUGUUAGAUAAUAUUGAAAUUAUAAUAGGAACAUAUGAACAGUUUUUACUGGGUUACAAAGUUGAAACCAGUGACGAUGGAUACAAAUUGAUACAGAAUUUUGCUACUCAUACUCAUCAGGCUAGCAUCAGAGAUCUUGCUAGCAGCAGACAUUAUCUUGCAUCUGCUGGAGCUGAUGAUUCAAUUUACUUGUACAAUAUGAAAAGCAGAAUGGAAACUGGCAAAUUGGCUCAUCACAAUGAUACAGUGAACAGUAUUGCGUUUACACCAAAUGCUUCGCACAUUCUGACUUGUAGUACAGAUGGAAGCAUAGCGGCGGUUCGCUGUGGCAACUGGAGGCUGGAAAAACACUGGAAAAAUGCACACAAAGGUUCUUCGGUCAAUACAUUAUGUAUUCAUCCAUCUGGUAAACUUGCCUUGUCUCUUGGUGGUGACGGUGUACUCAGAACUUGGAAUUUAGUUAAAGGCAGACAAGCCUAUGCGACUAACUUAAUACCAAAGCUGGGACCAUACGCCAAAAAUAUAGCAGUGACAAAAUGGAGCCCAGACGGAACAAAGUACCUAAUCGCCACAAAUUUGAAGCUCAUUCUGUAUUCUGUUGAAAACGCCGGAAUUAUUCAUGAAGCGGAUUUUGAGUGUCGAGUCACUUGCGUUGAAUUUCAUGAUGAUUUGAUUAUCAUUGGUCAUGAUGACGGGCAAGUUCAACUGUACAAUUGGGAGAGUCCUUCAAAUAAUUAUUCAACAAUUGCCCAUGAUACUAGAGUAAAAACUAUAGCUUGCUCUGAUGAUAUUGUUGCAACUUCGUCCAGCUCUGGCGAAUUGAAGGUGUGGAGGCUCACGAAAAACAGUUUAAAUUUAUUGGCGACUGAGAAUUGUGGAGCGAGGAUAACUUGUAUGGUACUAGCAAAGAAGUUUGCUGACCAAGAGGUUAAACAGGAAGUGUCAAUUAUAAAUGAAAAUCAGACAGUAGCAACAAAGAAAAACAUUUUUAAAAUUCGCCAAGAAGUUAUCAUAGAAGAUGACGAUGACGGAGUGUCGAAUGAAAUAGUGGAAAACUCUUCCAAAAAGUUGAAACAGAAUUCCAAAUCUAAAUCUGUCACAUCAGCAGAUAUUCGCAAGAUGAAUAAUUUAUCCCAGAACAUAGGAAAAAAAUCAAAGUUUAUUAAAAAAGUUGCUCCAUUUACAGAGCGUAAAAAAAAAAAUAAGGGAGCAUUAAUUGUUGAUAAUAAGAAACUUAAGUCACAAGGUUAUCAACAGACUGAAAACUCUGUACUAGACGUGACCAAUACAAGAACGAUGUCGAAAGAUUGGGUAAAUACAGGAAUUAAAAAAAAAAGAAAACAAGAGGAAGAGGAAAAAACUUCAGGCAUAAACAGUACAAGAAAUUUAGUAAUUCCUAGUAAGAAAAGACAAAGCUCUACGACAUUGAAAACUGCAUCAAAAGUAAUUAAAAAGGAGUCAAAGAAGUUGAAAAAAAGAAAAAUAAUGAGACAAUGAUACGACAUUUUGUAUUGCAAGAAUAAAGUCUCUUUUUUGUUCUACCAAGUAUUGUAUACAUUUUCUUGUAUAAUAUAGUGAUGCUUUCCAAUAGAAAUAGCUUAUCUCCUCCGUUACGUUAGAAAUUUCUUAACUUAGCAGUUACGUUAGAAACAUCUUAUUCCAGCAACUACGUUAAAAACAGCUUGAGUAGUAAUUUUACUCAUUUUGAGUUAAGUAAUUCAAUAUUUUUAUCGCACUUUCCCCCACAGCUUCUGGAAUUCUAAACUUCCGGAAAUGAAUGUUGAAAACGCAAUUACGUAA